AUGGCCGAAAGUGGACUUGUAUGGAAGGCUCUUCCGACGAAAACACUGGCUGAAGAAGAAGAAAAAAAUCUUACUGGACAUAAGACGAAAAAAGAUAGAAUUACAAUUGGCUUGUGUGCAAAUGCGUCAGGCACACAUAAGAUUAUGCCCAUUGUAAUUUACAAAUAUAAAAACCCAAGAGCUUUGAAACACGAAGUUUCAUUGCCUGUAAUUUUUAAAUCGCAGACAAAUGCAUGGAUGGAUAAAACAUUAUUUUUAGAUUGGUUUGAAAACCAUUUCAAACCAUCUGUAAAACAAUAUCAGGAGGUAAAACAAUUAUCAGGAAAAGUAAUCCUAUUGUUAGAUAAUUGUGAAGCCCAUAAAGUUUCGUUGCACGAAGAUCGAGAUUUUAAAAUUAUGUAUUUACCACCCAAUACAACGUCUAUUCUUCAACCGAUGGAUCAAGGAAUCAUAGAAAAAACAAAAAGAGUUUUCCGCCAGAAACUUCUACAACGUGUUUUGACGUAUGAUGGGGGAAUAAAUGAAUUUUAUGCCGACUACACGAUAAAAAACUGCAUUUAUAUAUUAUCCGAAUCCUGGUCGGAAAUUACGCAGGGAGAUAUUAAAAAUGUAUGGAAUAAAAUUAUUGAUCCUGCCAGUAGUUCCAUUCGAUCGAAAACAAGAGAGUUUGAACUUGAUUGGCAAAGCAUGAUAAGUGAGAUCACAGGAGAACAAUGCACCCCGGCACAUGUUACACAUUUUUUAUUAAACUGUGAGGAAGCAGAAAGAAAGGACGAAGACAUAGAAAUAAAACAAGAAGCGGCAGAACUUCAAGAAGAACCGCAAGAAAUAAUUUAUGAAGGGAGCAAUAACGAAAUUGAGAACAAUGAAUUACGUGUAAUAUUUGAGAGAUUGACAUUUUACAGUGCAAAAGCACCAGCUUGCAUUCAAUGCAUGGUGCAGGGAAUAAAAAUAUUUUUCUUAGGCAAGGAAAGUUAA